CUCUCUCUCUCUCUCUCUCAGAGUCACAGUUGAAGUCAACACUCUGUUCUUUCUUCCUCUAAACACCAAUUCCAUGAAUCACGUUCUUGUUCUUCUUGUCGUUACCAUACUUAACCUUGUUCUGUUUUAUUUGCUUAAAACGCUUCACUCUAUUUUCUAUGUCCCAUACAAAAUCCAACGACACUUCCGUAACCAAGGUAUAUCCGGCCCUACCUACCGUCCGAUCUUUGGAAAUUCAUCCCAAAUCAAACGCCUCUACUCACUAACUAAAUCAGAGCCGUACUCAUUUGAUCACGACAUCUUAAAAAGGGUGGUUCCAUUUUACCACAGAUGGUCUUGCAUGUAUGGGAAAACUUUCCUUUACUGGUUCGGUUCAACUCCCCGGUUGGCUAUAUCCGACCCGGAAAUGAUCAAGGAAGUGUUAGUUACUAAAUGUGGAGAGUAUGGAAAAGUUCCUUACAAUCCACAAUCGAAGUUGCUUUUUGGACAAGGACUUGUUGGAUUGAAUGGUGAUCAAUGGAAUUUUCAUAGAAGAAUAAUCAACUUGGCCUUUAACACUGAGAUUCUUAAGGGAUGGGUGCCAGAUAUGGUCGAAAGUGUAACAAAGAUGCUGGAAAAAUGGGAAAUGGAAAGAGGAGAAAGAGAUGAAUUUGAAAUAGACGUGUACAGAGAGCUUCACGAUCUUUCUGCAGAUGUUAUAUCAAGGACUGCUUUUGGAAGCAGUUAUGAAGAGGGCAAGCAUAUUUUCAAAUUACAGGAGCAGCAAAUGCAUCUUUUCUCACAGGCGGUUAGAAGUGUAUAUAUUCCUGGAUUUAGAUAUUUGCCGACUAAGAAGAACAGGGAUAGGUGGAGACUAGAUAAAGAGACGCGCGAAUCAAUUUGUAAGUUGAUUAAGACCAAGACUAAUGUCAGAGAAAAUACCAAAAAUGUACUAAAUUCAUUAAUGGGUUCCUACAAGACUGAAGUUGGCGGAGACGACAAAUUAGGGUUGGAAGAAAUUAUAGAUGAGUGUAAAACUAUCUACUUUGCUGGAAAGGAUACAACAGCUAACUUGUUGACUUGGGCAGUUCUUCUUUUAGCCAAACAUCAAGAAUGGCAAAGUAAAGCGCGCGAAGAAGUUCUUCGUGUCAUUGGACACAAUCGAGUCCCAGUUGCGGACAGUUUAAAUGAAUUUAAGAUUGUCAGCAUGAUAAUUAAUGAAACACUUCGGCUCUAUCCCCCGGCUGCAAUGAUAACAAGACAAACUGCUAAAAAUGUGAUGCUAGGGAGCAUUGAAGUUCCUGCAAAGACUCAACUCUACUUGGCAUUAACCGCUGUUCAUCAUGACAAAGAAAUCUGGGGAGAAGAUUGUCAUGAGUUUAAUCCAAUGAGAUUUUGCGAGCCUCGGAAGCAUUUAGCAGCAUUCUUUCCUUUUGGAUUGGGGCCUAGAACUUGUGUUGGGCAAAAUUUGGCAUUGGUUGAGGCAAAAAUAGCUCUUGCUUUGAUUAUUCAACGUUAUAGUUUUGUGGUAUCUCCAAGCUAUAUACAUGCACCUAUACUAUUUAUAACUUUGCAGCCUCAACAUGGUGCACAAAUCUUCUUCAAAAGGAUUUCAUAUUGAUAAUUGUUAUUUCCUUUUCUCUUCUGUGUAAUUUUGAACUUAGAUAUGUGGUAAAUACUUGUGGCUAUAAAUAAAGUGUCCCACUUCUGACAUUGUUAUGUUUGUCAACUUAAGAACCUUUAGUGUUCUACAACUAAAAAUGGUAACAGGUAAUUUCAUCGAAUAGCAUUGAUGGUCACACGUGUUGAGAUCCAAGUUUUGUAUUCCUCUUUGCAGUACAUAGUCAACAAUUUUAUUGACAACCCGUUGGUCACACAUAGAAACAUAUUUUGGAUCUUUGAGGCUAAAGGAAUGGAUGGGGAGUGUGCUGGCUCGCCGGUCCAUUGUUGCGUACAUUACACGGCAAAAGAGGGUAGAAGUUUUGAAGUCGUCAGAAUCAAAGUCGAGAGCAAGAACUGAGAGCCACAAAUAUCUCCAUCGCUUUGAGAGCACGCUUGUGGUUGCAGCAAAUUUAGUUGGUAAAAAAUAAAGUAUAUCACAGAAAAUUGGAUCCGGCAAGUCGCUAAUUCUAUCUACCAUAGAAAUUGACUGCCGGGAAGAUUGGUUCAUUCUUCUCUUUUUUAUGAGAGGAAGACGGCAUCUUUGGAAAGGAAUUAGAGAAAGAUGCAUUGUAUGGAAUGCUCAUUGUCAUCUAUUAUUUACUCCCUCCAUAAAUAUAAGCAAAAAAACAUUUCAAAUUUUAGUCACUAUUAUAAGCAAAAGUUAACUACUUUUAAACUAAUUAAUACUAUUAUUCCUAAU